AUGUUUACAAGAACCUCUGCUCGCUUCGAGCUUCUCUCCCAGAUCCUCCAAUGUCUCAGACUCAAACUCAGACAUUUGACAGACAAUGUUCCCAGAGUCCGUUUGCCAUUGCGAAUGUUCAGGAGAGAUACCGAAGAAAACAGCACCGACAGAUGGGAACAUUGCACCCGCCUCAUACGCCAGCGGAUGCGUGAUAUCUUCUGGGUCGGGGUGAUUUACCUCGCUAGCGAAUUGCUCAUAUGGAGUCUCUUCCUGGGUCUGUACGAAGUCCGACUUGACUACCUGUCACCCAUCAUUGGCAUGGUUGUGGUGUUCUGUUUCAUGUUCGCGAUUUCAUACCUUUGUCCGGAGUCAGAAAGCUUCUACCACCGCCACAUCAAGUACAAGGUCGACUUCAUCAAUAGCAACUUGGGCAUUGGCUUUCCGGUGCCCAUCGUCAUGAUUACUAAGGAUAGACUGCUUGGCGGUAAGGGCAUUGGAAGGGUAAUUGGAAACUUUGACAAAGUGAACACCAACGUCGUCUUUUGGGUAUUGAUCUUCCUGCUUUCUUGGGGCAUCCUUGCCGGGAUACUCAGAAUUCCAGCCUUUUCCCUUCGCGAAUCUGAAAAGAGAAGCGACGAUGACACCGAAGUCGACCAACCAUGGCAGUCUGGCGGGCAAGACACUCCCAUACCACGCAUCCAGAUACCUCCUCCAACCCUCAGCCGCAGGCCCUCCGAGUCAACGACCCUACACGGAACCACGAUCAACGGAUACCAUACCGAUAAGGAAGCGGGACUGGGUCCAGAUUCGAGGACCGUCUCGGCUUACUUCACCGAUAGUGACUGUCCGACCCCUGUCCCACCUCCGAGCCCACUGGGCCACUAUCAAGAUCGGACAUCGCUUUCCAGCUCGCGGCAGCCCCAAGUCUCGAGCGGAGAGGGUACCCAAAGGUUUAGCUGGUUCAAGGAGUGCUACCCAAUCGUUCUAUCAAUCUUGCUCCUACUCACCGUAGGCAUCCCUGUCUCGUAUGCCCUAGGCGAUGACCGCAUCCUCGAUGGGUGCAUGCUGUGGUUCACCUGGAUCAGCAGCACAAGACUGCAGCGCAAUUUUGGACGCAGCGACAUCCUCUCCAGCGUACAAGGGCUCAAGAUGACUAUCACGACACUGCUUAACCCGGUCCUCCUAAUGACCCUCGGCAUGAUAGCCUACACUCGUGCCAAAGCCGCUGCCACGGGCACGCCCAUUAAUGAAACGAUGUCCCAAUUCUCGCGCGGUAGGACUCUCUCCCUCAUCUGGACCUCAAAGGUGUCGGGAUCUUACCUCACGAGCGACUGGUUCGGUGCCGGCGACGCGGCCAUCUCGAUCCUUGAGGUCGGCUUCGUUGUCUGGGGAUUCAAGCUUUACGAGUGUCGGAAGCAAAUAUGGUCUCGCGCCGGCGCAGCCGUGGUUAUUCUUUCGACCGUCUUUGCGGCACUCAACGUCUUUGUGUCCGUCCUGCUCGGCAGAGCGGUUGAUCUCGGACCUCGUGAGGCGCUCUCCUUUGCAGCGCGCUGCACAACGCUGGCACUGGCGCGACCUGCGAUAGAGGCGGUCUAUGGGAACGAUGUCGUCACCGCGGCACUGGUGGUGAGCAACGGCAUAUUGGGACAGCUGAUGUACCCGUCCAUGCUGAGGAAGCUGGGAUUUGACUCAGCUAGAGAGUCGCACAUUGACGUGGACGAAGAAGAAGAUGAGAGACCGAGAGACGAUGCGCUUACCAUUGGGGUAGGGACGGCGAUUGGCAUCAACGGCGCGGCCAUGGGCGUCUCAUAUCUCUAUGAGAGGAAGAGCCGGGCUGCGCCUUAUGCUGCUCUCUCGAUGACCGUGUUUGGGAUCUUUACUGUCGUCUUCAGUGCGGUCGAACCGUUUACGACUACCUUGAUGAAGCUUGCCGGCAUGGGACCGGACAGAGUCCCAUAUGGUGAGGUAUCUUGA